AUGUGCUCCGGCAUCGCCGUCCUCAUCUCCGACUCGGUCCACCUCAUCGAGUUUCCCUCGCUCCUCCUCCCCGCCGGCGUCGGGCCCGGCAGCAUCGUCAACAUCGCCUGCACCCGCAACACCCACGCCGAGAAGCACCAGGCCCGCGAGUUCUGGGACCUCCAGCGCGACAUUGCCGACCUCUUUGGCUCGCGCGAGCCCCAACCCCCAAACCUCCGCGUCCGCAACACGACCCAGACGAGCGUCACGCUCGAGUGGGACAAGCUCGACCUCGCCAGCGCGUCCCUCUUGAACCUGUCCAUCUACCGCAACGGCCAACGCCUCACCACCAUCCCCAACCCCAUGUCCAACACGUCGACAAAGCUCUCGGGCCUCUCGCUCGACACCGACUACCAGUUCCACCUCGUCCUCAAGACCUCGGCCGGCACCUGGACCAGCCCGACCGUAAAGACGCGCACCCACACGAUCGACAACACGACCGGCAUCAGCGCGUGCUUCGGCCUUGUCGAGCCCGCCGACCUCGCCCGCGAGGCGCACCGCGUCAUCGGCGACCUCGGCGCAAAGAGCGACACCAAGAUCCAGAUCGACACGACGCACUACGUCGCCACCUCGGCCGCGUCGCCGUCUGCGCCCGACUCGGGCCCGUCGGUCGAGUACCAGAAGGCCGUCCAGCUCUCGAUCCCCAUCGUCACGCCCGAGUGGCUCCUCGCGUGCGCGCGCGCGCACAAGCUCGUCCCGAUCGCGCCCUAUUACCUCGGCCACUCGAACCGUGCCGCGUCGCUCUCGUCGGCCCAGCUCGUCACGUCGCAGGGCGAGCCCCGCUCGCGGCCUGUCGCCGGCGCCGGCGCCGCCGCGACGAGCUCGAGUCGCCCGCAGCCGGUCAAGGAGGAGCAGGAGCCCGAGCAGGAGCAGGCGCAGCAGCAGCGCGACGUCAUCGAGCUGCAGGAGGACGUCGAGGCGCCGCCCGACGACUCGGUCGUCCGCAACGAGCUCGAGCGCGAGCCCGCACGGGCCUCGUCCUCGUCGGCCUCAGCCCCGGCACCGCCGCCGGCCGUCGUCGUCGACUCGCCCGAGGGCGACGCCGCCGAGACGGACGCGAGCACCAAGGGCGUCAAGAGCGACGAGGACGAGGCGAGCGCGGCCGCACCCGCACCUGCAUCGUCGACCGCAGCCGACGAGGUCCCGCUCGCGCAAGCGACGCCGCCCGCCGCCGCCGCUCAAGACGAGACUGAGCCCGGCCCGGCCGACGGUGGCUCGGCGCCGUCGACGACGACGAGCGUGCCCGAGGUGGUCGUCGACGCGCCGGCCGAGGAGCUUGCGCGCGAGGUCGAGCAGGGCGAGGUCGUGCCCGAGGGCGACGCGGCGGCGGAGCAGGCCGAGGCGGUGCCGCACCCUGUCGGUACCGGCGAGGGAGAGGCUGAGCCGAAGCUGGACGAGGCGGAGGAGGUCGAGAGCGAUGUCGACGAGGGGCAGCAGGUCGAGGGAGAAGGUCAGGGCGAGGGCGAUGCGAGCCUCGUCGACGUCAAGUUGUAGAGCCUGCGAUCGUCGUCGUCGUCGUCGUCGUUGCAGCUAUUUUGCGUGUCCGCCGUCGGAUCUCGCAGCAG